CCCAGCCGGCCCGGCAGCGGCGCCGGGUCGAGCAGCACCGGGCGGAGCAGUCUGGGCUUGCACACGGGCGUGGGCACGGGCCGCGGGGUGGGGCUUGGCGCCGGGCUGGUGACUGCGCCGGUUCCCGGGCCGGCGGCCGGGGUAGGGUGGAGGGCGAUGAGGGAGAGGAUUGGGAGGAGGAGGACGGGGGGUGGAGAUGGCGGUGGAGAUGGAGAUAAAGAUGGGGAUGGGGAUGGGGGGGUGGACGGACAUCAGCGGGAUGAUGAGCCGGCUCGGGUCGGGGUGAGCGAGUUGGGUGGUGUAAGGAAGGGGGAUGUUGUUCCGAGGGGGAGUGCGAGUCCCGGCCGCAGUUACGGUUCCGGUGACAGUCGCAGCCUGAAUGGUGCCAGGGGAUUUGAGCCGGUGACGAACGAGGCUAAGCGGGAGGCGCAGGAGGAGCAGGAGGAACGGAACUACGAUGACUACGAUGAGGAUGAUCAAAAAGGGGAUAACGGGGUGACGAAUGAGCUGCUUGACGUUCCUGGUUAUGGGCAUGACGACGCGGAUGACGAAGAUGAGGGCACCGGUUCGAAUAUGGGAGAGCACUCCCUUGGGUACGGGGAUGUUCGUGGGUUUGAGAAGUCCCACGGGGCAGAAGGCUUCCGCGGAUACGGGGCGCACCCGCAGGACGACAACGAUAACGCCGGCACCGGUCCGGCUGAGGAAGGGAUCGGCGACGGGCCUGGCCAGGAGCCAGCGAAUAGGGAAUCGCAGGACGCCGCGAACGCAGAGGUGGAGGAUGAGCGGGAUAUCGAGGUCGACACGGAGAACCUCCCGCCGGCCAGGGUCGAGCUUAUGGAGCGGCUGUGCGACCUGGUGCAGAGGCUUACGUCGGCCAAGGUGGGCGGUGGCAUGGAGGCGGAAGUUCUCGAGGUCCUGCAUACCAAGGUGGACGAGAUGGAGGACCUGCUGCGGCUGGCCGAGGAGACCGCCGUGGCCGAGGCCACCGCGGAGCUGGAAGCAGAUGCUGCUGAUGUCGCAGAACGGGCAGAAGCAGAAUCCAAAGCCGAGGCGGAAGGCGAAGCACCGUCGAAGGUCGAAGCACCGGGGGAGCGUCAAGAGGAGGCCGAGGAAGAAGUGGAGGCCGAACCGCGGGAACAAAGCCAGUCCGGAGGAUAUGCCAGCGACAGCAAGUGGCCCAGCGAGAAAUCAUCGGCCAUGCUCUCGGUACCGCUGCUCCAGCUGGGAGACCAGGCGAUCCGCGACCUCGAGAGCCCACUCCCGUGGCUGGCCUCCGUCCUCAAGUUCUCGGAGCUGUCCAUCUCCCCGGUGCAGUCUCACCCCGAACUGGCCGCAGCGACGAACGAGGCUUUGGAAGCGGCCAAGGAAGCCGCCCGAGCGCAAGCUGAGAUGGCGGAACGGGUGGCAGUGCAGGCGGAGAGGGUGUGCCUCGAGCUGGCCCAGGUGGUCAAGCGGCUGCAGGCGAGGAAGGAGGAGUCAGACGUGAGUGCCGGUCCCGCCCCAAGCUGGCCCCGCUCCCCGCUGCACACAGUAACCGUUAGUUUGCUAACCCCUAUCUCCAAUCGUAGCACCUCCACAUGCUCCUGGUCGACCGCGCCGAGGCAGCGGCCGGGCGCAUCCUGGACCUCGAGAAGGAGAUCUGCGACCUCGAGGACGACAUCCUGGCGAACGAGUCGGAGCUGCGGCACCUGCGGCUCAAGAUCCGGGCGGUCGAGACGGUGUGCUACGAGCUCGUGCCGGCCGAGGACGCGGACCCGGAGCUGCUCCGCAGCAUCGAGAACUGGAAGGCCGACUGGGUGCUGGUGCGCGACCGCAUGCUGGAGCGCAAGAAGGACCGCCAGGCGCGCCGGCUGCGGCUGCACCGCGCCGGCUGCGUCAUCAGCUCGCUCGAGGCGCGCGAGGCCGAGGAGUCGACCCUGACCAGCCUCGGCGGGCUGUCCAUGUCGGUGUCGCUGCUCGGGCUGGGGAGCGGCAGCACCCCUGGGAAGAAGCGGUGCUGACCUGACCUGACCUGA